AUGUUACUCUACGCGCGGACUGCGCCGCCAAAGGCUCGAAAUACAAGAUCAAGAGCAGGAUGCCGAUUCUGUAAAGAAAUGAGGAAAAAAUGCGACGAGUGCAGGCCCCAAUGUUCCCGCUGCAAGGAGUACGGAAAGGAUUGUAUCUACGAUCCUGUCAGGCCUCGUAGGCGCUACCAGACACCAGCUACCGGCUCAGGCGUCAGCCCACCGCUCCUGGGAAAUGGAUCAUCCAAAGACGUGUGGGGCAUCGACAUGACCUCGGAGUUGUUUCCGGGCAUCUGUCAGAUGGUGUCGAGCACGGCGGUGAAUUCGCCGAUCCUUGAUGCUCCUGACCCACCGGCAUUCUCUGAAUGGAACAAGGAGCCAAUCUCAUUUGUCUCCCAGACUUGUCCGGAGCCUUGCCUCGGUUUUCCUCCGUUUUGCGAGUUCUCAACUGUAGCUGAGGAGCGGCUGCUCCUCGCCCACUUCAGCUGCGUUCUGUCUGAACUCAUGACGUUGAGUCCCGGGGACACCAAUCCGUUCCAGGAGCUAAUCCUGCCCCUUUGUCUUGAUAACAUGGCGUUGCUGAAUGCCGUUUGCGCCUUGUCCACUGGCCACCUGGAGUAUCAGGGCAUUCACAGCGCCCGAGCAUCAUCACACUUUCAUGCGGUGGCGGUGCAGCAUCUGGUACAAAUGCUCGCCGACUUGAAUGUGGCAAGAGACGAAGUUCUCCCAGUCAUCAUGAUGCUUACCUACUACGAAGCAAUGUUCAACUACUUCGACGUCAUCUCGGCUCUGUCGCUUGCGACCGCCCCCUUAUCGCCCCUGCCACGAAGGGGAAUGCUAGUAGAUCCAUGUUUCAUAGACGAGUCGCGCUUGAAUAGUGUGGACGCGCUUCUGGGCAAGGCAAGCUCUCUCUGGCCUACACUCCAUCGGCUUGCGCAGCUCCUUGAUUUGAAGAAGGAGUUUCAAGCUGCCAAAGAGCGGAAGGAGAAUGCCAAAGCUGCUGUUUUGCGUGAGGAACUUCGAAUCUGUACCGACGCCAUCCAAUACUCGCUUCAAAAUUGGGAACCUCGCUCAGAAGCCAACCAAGACGGUGCAUCUGAAGUACUGGGUGACCAAUCAGCCACCCAUAGCGCCCUCUCCUACCGCCACAGCUCGCUCGUCUAUCUGUUCCGGACGAUACAUAACUAUCCACGCUCUCAUUACCAAGUUCAGAGCCACGUCAGGGCCUCACUUGAGCACUGCAAUGAUGCCGUAAGUGCUGCCGGCCCGAUGGGGGCUCUGCUCUGGCCUCUAUUUGUUGCAGCUUGCGAGGCCAUUAGCGUGGCCGACCGAACCCUGGCGGAGAAAGCGUUCCUGGCUGUCAGUAAGCGGCAGGGCAUGGCGAAUGUUGACAGGGCCUGGGCCCUCACGCAACAGAUUUGGGAGGCAAGCAGCGGGGAGGUGGCCAGUAGAGGCAUGCUCGCAAGCCAUCACAGGUCUAGGGGAGACGGACAAUGCAUCCGAGAGGUGGCAAUGGCCUCUAAAGAUAGUGGAUUUGGCCUUAUAUUAGGGUAG